AGCGGCCAUUGGUGUGCGUCGGCAGUCGUUGUGGCUGGAAGCUUUGCCAAACCUGUUUGUUAAUGGAAUCGUCGGUUCCAAUUAAAAAAAAAAACUUGCAUCCCCUCCCUGAUCUCUCCCCUCCAGCUCCAUGUCAGAGACGGAUGCCGCCGGCGACGAGCUCAUCCUCGACGCCCCCAACUUCAUUCGCGUCUACAAGAGCGGCCGCGUCGAGCGCUUCCUGCCGGUCGACUUCGCCCCACCCGGCACCGACGCCGCCACCGGCGUCUCCUCCAAGGACGUCCCCAUCCUUCCGGGACCCGGCAUGUCGGCAAGAAUCUACCUCCCGGUCACUGCCACCGCCGGCGGCCAACAGGGCAAAGUCCCCGUCCUCGUAUUCUUCCACGGCGGCGGCUUCUGCCUCGGCUCCGCGUUCGACGCCGCCGUGCACGGCCACGCCAACCAGCUCGCCGCGCGGGCCGGCGCGAUGGUCGUGUCCGUGGAGUACCGCCUCGCGCCGGAGCGCCCCGUCCCGGCGCUCUACGGGGACGCCUGGGCUGCGCUCCAGUGGGUGGCCGCGCACGCCGCCGGCAACGGGCCCGAGUCCUGGCUCACCGCCCACGCGGACCUCGCGCGCGUCCACGUCGGCGGCGAGAGCGCCGGCGCCAACAUCGCGCACCACGCCGCGAUGCGCGCCGGCGCGGAGGAGCUAGGCCACGGCGUGAGGGUGGGCGCGCUCCUGCUCAUCCACCCCUACUUCCUGGGCGGCGACGGCGCCUCCGAGUCGGACGAGAUGGGCAUGGCCAUGCUCCGCGAGCUGGUGCGGCUCUGGCCGGUGGUCUGCCCGGGGACCAGCGGGUGGGAGGACCCGUGGAUCAACCCCAUGGCGGAGGGCGCGCCCAGCCUGGCCCGGCUGGGGUGUCGGCGCGCGCUGGUGUGCGUUGGUGGCAGAGACCCCAUGAGGGGCCGGGGAAGGCUGUAUGCUGAGAAGUUGAUGGCCAGCGGCUGGCAUGGCGAGGUGGGGGUCUGGGAGGCAGAUGGGCAGGGCCAUGGCUUCCACCUCGUCCGGCCGACAUGGUUGGAGGCGGAAGCGCAGGUCCGCGUCAUUGCUCAAUUUCUGGGCCGCCCAUGAGGGUCGGACUUAUUGGUGUGGCAUCAAUACGUCUUGUUUUCGUGAGGCGGGUAAGCUUCUUGUGUAAAGAACUGCAUCAGAAGAGGAUGUCUUAAGUGGUAUCAGCAGCCAGAUGACAGACCAAAUUUAAAGAGUCAGC